ACAGCUGAAUGGGAACUCAAACGAAGCACGCCAUACUUUUAGUUCCUCCCUCUCUCUGAGCGGUCAUGUGACACGAGCUGCUUUUCCUCUGUCGUCUAGUCUGGCUCGUGUCGCAGCUGGACUCUUACUGAAGUUUCUCAAGUCAAAAGUUUCUACUUCAGGGAUAUUCUUGGUAUAAAACAACACAGAACCAUGGCGGAACUCGGUUUUGUGAUCGCCAUGUCUGUGGUGACUCUGUUUUGGGGUAUAAUCGGAGGAGUAGUGCCCUGGUUCAUCCCCAAAGGACCGAACAGAGGAGUGAUAGUCACAAUGCUGGUGUUGACUUCAGUCUGCUGCUACCUGUUCUGGUUGAUAGCAAUCCUGGCCCAGCUGAACCCACUUUUUGGACCUGCUCUGUCUGUUGAUACGAUCUGGUACCUGAACUAUCACUGGCCUUAAAUUACCCAUCCAGGACACCUGACCAUGCAGAGGAGGACCCGCUGCAGCUGCAUACCAAUGGAUAUUUGCUCCUUAUGCCAUGCAGAGAUCAUUCCUUCUGAAUUGCCUUAAACUCAGACCCCUGUGUGAUUGCUGAGUGGUGCCCACCCUGGUGCCUUGCACAAAUACACAAUUCCCAAAGGACCUCUGAGAAAUCUCACUGAAUGUGCUGUACUUAAAUUAAAGCAACUGUUGCUUGUUGUUGUUUGGUUUAUAUUUAAUGUAUAUUGUGUUUAUUGCUGUUAAUAUGAACAACCCUUUCUUUGAGUAGUUGAUGUAUGGUGUGUUUAAUGUGAUCUCUUUUUGUCUGGUAAUAUGAGUGAUGGAUGCAAUCCAUCCAAAAGUUGUUGAUUAAUAAACUAAUAAUGAACUCCAUUGGUCCAUAAAGUUCCAAUUUUGAUUUCCCUUACAAAUGUUCAAUCAUCAUUUCAAGAUGUGCUCUACAUAAUCACCUAAUUCAUUGUAAGUAUAAGUACUGAUAAAAGUAUUUACCCCUCGUUGUGUUGCCUUAUGCAUUUAAGAGUAUUUUUGUGUCCUUGUUAACCCUGCGAAAUGUCUUACAGUUGUUAAUGAUUAAUUGUUGCGAUGCAUUGUAUCAUUUUAAACAACGUUGGAAUAUUAUAAUUUAUAAAAUAAGCAGUUUCGUUUCAGGGCAAAAGUCGACAGGCAAAUUUGAAAAAGGGCUUCCCGCUUGCCGUAGCUUGGGCUGUCUACGUUGGCAACAUGGCGUCUAUUGAUGUCCACGUCCGAAUAUGUGAACAAGAAAUUCUCAAAUAUGACUUGGAAAUUAAAGCUCUCAUUCAGGAUAUUAAUGAGUGUGAGGGCCCUCAAAGCAAGCUGACAGAGCUGAACUCUGAUGUGAAAAAGAGUUUUCACAACCUGAGGUUGCGAAUUCAGGAUUUAGAGCAGAUGGCAAUGGAGCAAGACAAAGAGUCAGACAAGCAAGUUUUAAUGAGUCAAGUAGAGGGACACAGAAAACAGAUGCUGAGCAACCAAACAGUUUGGAGGAAAGCCAACCUGGCCAGCAAACUCUCCAUAGACAACAUGGAAAAGCAGGCACUCCUUGGUGGAUCAGACAGCACUGCAAGGCAGAGGAAGAUGACCAAAGAGGGCAUCGCUCAGACAACCAGUAACAUUACAGAGAAUCUCAUGAGCAUCAGCCGGAUGAUGGCGCAGCAGGUCCAGCAAAGCGAGGAGACCGUGACAUCACUGAGUUAGUGAAGGAGACACCUCAUGACUUUAAUAGACAACCUCCUCGAGGACAGUCCAAGAGACCAAUGAUGAAUUUAGGACAAUGACGGGGACCAUCCAGCUGGGGAGGAAACUCAUCACCAAGUACAACCGCCGAGAACUGACGGACAAACUCCUCAUCUUCCUGGCAGUCGCCCUCUUCCUCGCCACCGUCCUCUACAUCCUCAAGAAGAGACUGUUCCCCUUCCUGUAGACCAGGUACCCUCUGAGGACUCUCCCUUCUCCACAAACAGUGCUUUCUUUAGUUAGCUUAAUGAUUCAAACUACUCUGAGACUGCUUAGAGGAAUGUGGAUCACUCACUCUGCUGAACUGGAACAGCUACUGAGGGUGAAAUAUUUCCCACAAAGAGGGAGACGAACAUAUACACUUAAAGAUCCUAGCAGUGUUUAAUUUAUGUUAAAGAUUUGUAUUGCUCACACUAAAAUGAUAGUUUAUUGUGUGACAGUGAUGCUGUGCAUUACUCAUAAUGAAAUAAGUUGAGAGAGGAGAUCGAUGGCCCAACUUAAUCUUUCCUUUUCUACAUUCCUUUAACUCUAAGUAGUUCUCAGAUAUCUGUAAUAAUAGUCUUCAUCAGACUUUUCCAUAAGUGCUGAAAAUGUGCUGACAAUGAUAAAACUCACAUUUAUUUAAGGGGACACAGUAGGUUCUUAGACAUAAAUAAAUAUGUCCAGGAAAAAAAAAAGCAAACAGCAUUUCUGUUGAAUUGAAUUAGCAUAGACCAAGAGACAUUUUUUCUGUCACGUGAACAAGCUUUUAUUGGCACUCAUGACAUCAAACAGUUUUACCGUAUUGGCCAGAAUAUAAGACACGAUUUUCUUCCUCUAAAUACAUUAGAAAAAAGUCUGAUCAUCUUAUAUUCAGGGUUUAGUAAUUAAAUUUCAGUAUUUGUUUCGAGAGACAGCACCUCUUAUCUGUAAAGCGAGUAUACCCCUCAUGACUGCAGCCACUUGUGACUCAACACUACAGUGCUACACGGUUAACAAAGCUGCUCAAAAGAAGGACAAGUUAAACAAAAGUUGAAGUGGAGUUUAUGCGUUUCUUGAGAAAACAGUUAACAGAAAGAUCAAACAACUGUUAAACAGUCAAGAGAUAUGGAGUCUCAGAGUGUAAUGUAGAACGCUGGCAAGCCUGAAAAGAGUGUCUUAAAAUGCACACAAGGGUCUUACUGAAAUACGAAUCAUAGGUAUGCCUAUUAUCAGAACCGUAAUCAAUCCAAUAGAUUAAAGGUUAUUUGAUAUUUCAUGGUAUUACUACUGAUACCAUAAGUGCUUCAUUUACACACCUGAUCACAUCUAAUUCAAUUUAAAUUAGAAAAUUUAAUUCAAAAGACAAUCAAUGCUUUUGUUUUAUCAUGAUUGCCAAUUAAAAUAGUUUUCUUUGUAGAAAAAAAAACUCAGAUUAAAACAAGAAAAAAUGUGUUCCUCUAUAGGUCUCUUUCAAAAAAGAAUCUUGAGAGGCAGGAUCAUCGUAUAAUCAGGGUCGUCCUAAAUUCAGGCUAAUGUGGUAUAAAGCCAUUGAUACUGUUCAUUUUAUUUGAUAGAGCACUUGUUAAUUUCUUGCAGGUUGAUGAAGUAUGUCUUAUAUUAAUUCUAAAAUGUCAUUAUGUGAUGGAUUCACAUUUUGGGAACAAUGAGAACGAGCUUGUCGGUUUAAAAGGAACAGAAUAAAAGGUUAUAUCAUAUAUUCCUCACUUUAAAAACAAUGUCCUGAAGUAAAUUAUUAUUUUGUCUUUUAAUUUCAUUGUUAUUUAGAAGCAUGUACUCUAAAAUGAAGGUGUAAUUUAUUCAAGCAUUAUAAUAACUUAUUUGGGGAAUAGAAUACAGGAAGGGCUUUUAACUUCUGCAAUCUUUUAUUUUGCAUCUCACUAGCUGAUCAGGAUAGUGCUUGUAAUUCUGAAUGUGCAAUUCAGCUUGUCCCGAUGUUUAAUUCAACAAAGAAGAACACUCUAAGUUUGCACACACUUGUUCAUCUCUGCCCGUGUGAGCCGGGCUCUGGUCUGCAGCCGAGCAGAACAGCUCAGUGAAGCAGUGGAAGCGAUCACGCUGGCAGAGAUAGAGCAGCAUGCAUCCCUGCCUUUCUUCAGAUAAGACCCGGAAAAGUAGAUUAAUCCGACCUGUUUCCCUCUCCCUAUCCAGUGUGGGUGGAGGGUGAGGGGGGAUAUUUUUAGGUUUGUGUGGCGUUCUUAUCUGACAUUGCCUUUUCAACACCUCAGAAGAGAGGGGGGCCAGAGGAGAUACAUGACCUUGCUCCCAUUUCUGGAAUCGCCUGACAUUGCCGUUUUGUUAAAUAUACUGUAAAUCCUGUCACUUUGAUGAUCAAUAAACUCAAAGUAACCUAG